GUCCGGGUCACUGGCAGCGCAACGUCACGUACAAUGGGCGUGUCUGACUAAUCGUUCCUUCUCCCUUCACUCAGGCGUGUGCAUGUGAGUCCUGUGCUGGCUGCGGGAGCGCGCACCGCGGAAGGAGCUGGCGGCUGGGGCAGGAUAAGCAGCGGGGGAGUCACAGGCAAACUCUACCGUCUCCUUCCUAGUGGGGCCAUGCGGCGGAGAACGCACUAACCAUCGCCUGCCGAUGGAGUACCUAAGGGCCUGUGGGCCGUGUCGCUGGCUUUUGCAGCAGCUGGGAUUUGACCCACCCAAUCACAGUGAAACAAGAACAGUCUACGUUGCAAAUAAAUACCCUCAACAUGAUCACUAUGUUCCCCCAAAGUUUGCAGACAACAGAAUUAUUUCAUCAAAGUAUACUGUGCUGAAUUUCAUCCCUAAAAAUUUAUUUGAACAGUUCAGAAGAAUAGCAAAUUUCUAUUUUCUAAUUAUUUUUCUUGUUCAGCUUAUGAUAGAUACUCCCACAAGUCCUAUAACAAGUGGUCUUCCAUUGUUUUUUGUAAUUACAGUAACAGCAAUUAAACAGGGCUAUGAAGACUGGCUGCGACAUAAAGCAGACAAUGAAGUUAAUGGAGCUCCAGUUUAUGUUGUGCGAAGUGGACACCUUGUCAAGACUAGAUCAAAAAACAUCAGGGUAGGAGAUAUUGUUAGAGUAGCCAAAGAUGAGACAUUCCCAGCUGACCUCGUUCUGCUGUCCUCAGACAGACCUGACGGUUCAUGUCACAUUACUACCGCUAGCCUGGAUGGAGAGACAAAUCUUAAGACACAUUUUGCAGUUCAAGAGACAGCAGUUUUACAGUCUGCUGCAAAUCUGCAUACAUUAUCUGCAGUCAUAGAAUGUCAGCAGCCAGAAGCAGAUUUAUACAGGUUUGUAGGAAGACUAACUAUACGACAGCAUUCAGAAGAUAUAGUGAGAUCUCUUGGGCCGGACAACCUCCUGCUUCGAGGAGCACGAUUAAAAAACACAAAGGAAAUUUUUGGAGUUGCAGUAUACACGGGGAUGGAAGCAAAAAUGGCUUUAAAUUACAAAAGCAAAUCUCAAAAACGAUCAGCAGUUGAAAAGUCAAUGAAUUCUUUCUUGCUUGUGUACUUGAUUAUUCUCCUCUUUGAAGCUAUUCUAAGUACAAUCUUAAAGUAUGCAUGGCAAGCUGAAGAAAAGUGGGAUGAGCCAUGGUACAACCAAAAAACAGAACAUGACAGAAAUAGUAGCAAGAUUCUGAAAUUUAUUUCGGAUUUCCUUGCAUUCCUGGUACUUUACAAUUUCAUCAUACCUAUUUCACUUUAUGUAACUGUGGAGAUGCAGAAGUUCCUUGGAUCAUUUUUUAUUGGCUGGGACCUUGAUCUUUAUCACGAAGAAAGCAACCAAAGAGCACAAGUUAAUACAUCUGACCUUAACGAAGAAUUAGGACAGGUAGAAUAUGUGUUCACAGACAAAACUGGUACACUUACAGAAAACGAGAUGCAGUUUCGAGAAUGUUCCGUAAAUGGUAUUAAAUACAAGGAGAUUAAUUGCAAACUUGUACCUGAAGGUGUGACUAUGGAUUUUCCAGAUGCACCCACCACAAGCUUAAGCAUGGAAGAAGAACUCUUUUUAAAGGCAGUUUCUUUGUGUCACACAGUCCAGAUCAGUUACGACCAAAUAGAUGGCUGUGGAGAUGGACUCCGUUUUGCAAAUGGAAUGUCAAAUCAGUUUGAAUAUUAUGCUUCCUCACCAGAUGAAAAGGCUCUGGUUGAAGCAUCCAGAAGAAUGGGUGUUGCUUUUAAUGGCAUACAUGGAGAAAUUAUGGAAAUCAAGUGUCUCGGAAAACUUGAAAGGUACAAACUUCUUCAUGUAUUGGAGUUUGAUGCAAAUCGUCGUCAGAUGAGUGUCAUAGUAGAGAGUCCAUCUGGAGAAAAGAUACUUUUCACAAAAGGAGCAGAGUCUUCUGUCCUUUGCAAUGCAAAACUUGGAGAAAUUGACAGAACUAGGAUCCACGUGGAUGAAUUUGCUUCAAAAGGACUAAGGACAUUGUGCAUUGCCUAUAGAAAGUUUAGCCCUGAAGAAUACAAUGAAAUUGAUCAACGACUGCAUGAAGCCAAGACUGCCUUACAGCAAAGAGAAGAACGUUUAGCUGAUGUUUUCAAUUUCAUUGAAAGGGAUUUAGUGAUGUUGGGGGCAACUGGAGUUGAAGACAAACUUCAAGAUAAGGUCCAUGAAACUAUAGAGGCCCUUAGAGUUGCAGGAAUAAAAGUGUGGGUGCUCACUGGAGACAAGCAUGAGACAGCUGUGAGUGUCAGCCUAUCUUGUGGACAUUUCCACAGAAAUAUGAAUAUCCUGGAACUUGUGCAACAAAAAACAGAUCGUGAAUGUGCAGAGCAGCUGAGCCAGCUUGCAAGAAGGUUGAGAGAGGACCAUGUUAUUCAGCACGGGCUGGUUGUUGAUGGAGCCAGCCUUUCUCUUGCACUCAGGGAACAUGAAAAGCUGUUCAUGGAAGUCUGUAGAAAUUGUUCUGCAGUUCUGUGCUGUCGGAUGGCUCCUUUACAGAAAGCAAAGGUAGUGAGACUACUUAAAACGUCUCCAGAGAAGCCUAUAACCCUAGCUGUUGGAGAUGGGGCAAAUGAUGUCAGCAUGAUACAGGAAGCUCAUGUUGGCAUAGGUAUCAUGGGCAAGGAAGGCAGGCAAGCGGUACGGAACAGUGAUUAUGCAAUUGCAAGAUUUAAAUUCCUCUCCAAAUUGCUUCUGGUGCAUGGACACUACUACUAUAUUAGAAUAGCUACCCUUGUACAGUACUUUUUUUAUAAGAAUGUGUGUUUUAUUACACCACAGUUUUUGUAUCAGUUUUAUUGUUUAUUCUCACAGCAAACACUGUAUGACAGUGUAUACCUGACGUUGUACAAUAUUUGUUUCACCUCCUUACCUAUUCUAAUGUACAGUCUUUUUGAGCAACAUGUGCAUCCACAUGUUUUACAGUCAAAACCUGGUCUCUAUCGAGACAUUAGUAAAAAUGCCCUUCUUGGUUUUAAACCAUUUCUUUACUGGACCCUUUUGGGCUUUGGGCAUGCCUUUGUGUUCUUUUUUGGGUCAUACUUUUUAAUGGGGGAAGACACAUCCUUGCUUGGAAAUGGCCAGAUUUUGAAACCUAACAGGCAACUGAUGUUUGGGAACUGGACAUUUGGGACGCUGGUAUUCACCGUAAUGGUCAUUACUGUUACCAUGAAGAUGGCGCUUGAAACCCAUUUCUGGACAUGGAUAAACCACUUCGUUACUUGGGGUUCCAUAGCAUUUUAUUUUAUAUUUUCCCUGUUUUAUGGUGGAAUCAUCUGGCCGUUUUUGCACACACAGGACAUGUACUUUGUAUUUGUGCAGCUGCUGUCCAGUGGUUCUGCUUGGUUUGCUAUAAUCAUCAUCAUCAUAUUCUGCCUCUUCCUUGAUGUCAUGAAGAAGGUGGCUUACCGACACCUUUAUCCAACAUGCACAGAAAAGGCUCAGAUGUAUGCCAACAGAGUUACUUUAAGUGACGAGUACAUCGCCCUGCAGCCUCUGUCACGGGCAAGGAAUCAGCUGAGCAAAAUUAGCUUGCUGAGACAGGAUCAGGUAUCAACUGCUUGGACUCAAUGUGCUGCUACACAAGUUGCGAGGCAGCGUGCUCGUCUUUUAGAAGACUGCUGGAACGACUGAUGGGACGAUGCAGCCCGCCCCGGGUCAACAGAUCUUGGAGUGAGACGGAUCCUUGUUAUUCAAACGACAGAAGCAUCUUGACUCUCUCCGCCAUGGAUUCAUCUACAUGCUAGCAGGGCAGGUCUCUUGGCUUUAAUAUCCUCCCAGGUUUCCAGUGCAUAAUCCCCCCCUACUUAUUUAUACACUGAAAUAUAGACUUCCCUACAACCAAAAAUUGAUUAGUUUUCAAAUCAACCAGUUUUUCCAAAUAUGGAUGAUUCGCUUGAUGGGUAGGUUAUUUAUUUUAUGGGACCAAUGAAAAGUUGUAAUAACUGGCAUUUCUGCACGGAUAUUUAUGUUUCUCUUAAUACGCCUCAGAUUGCACCUCAUAUUUUGAAUGUAAUGUAUAACAGGAAUAUUUGCACCAGUUUUUUAAAUUAUUCUCCUUUGUUUUCUGUAUGUUUGAGAAAUAGAAGAUCAGUGUUUGUACCAACCUUUCCAUAGUACCCCUGUUACUAUGGUAACUGCCCUCUGAUUCUACCCUUUGGCCUGCCACUCUCCUCAACAUUGCUCUGUCUGGCACUGUGUAGGGAAUAGACAUAUACACACAGAAAAUGAUGGGGGGGUGAUUUCAGGGCAAUAUCUGUAUGUGCAUAUUUCUCUCGCCUCAUACAAUAACUUUGUCUGCCAUACAAGGGCUGUCUAGUUACAUGUAAUUUUAAUUUUGUUUUUUGUUUUUUUUAUGUUUUAAAGGAGGGGUGGGUAAGUUACCCUUUAAAGGGUUUUUUUGUUUGUUUUUUUAGUUUUUUUUUUUUAUUAAAAUAAUUUGAAAGACAAUUUUUAGAUAAAUUCUCCACUGCUGAGGUAGAACGCCCCACUCCCCGACUUAUGUCAGGGCUGCACAGAUAAUGAGCCUCCCCUAUAAGUUAUAUUUACAUGGGACCACUGUAAACUAUGGCCAGAUGUGCCCAAAAAAUUGCUUCAUCUGCUACCUUUUUACUCAGGGCCCUUUAAAGCAAUUAUGGGCAUGUGGAGCCUACUGACCUACAGUUCCCAACGCCCCCAGCAGUUUCUGUUGCCCAAGCCUGGUUUUAAGAACCAGAAUAAAGGCAGAAUAGUCCUGUAUUAUUGAAUAUCUAGGAAAGUUAUACUGAUCAGAAGUGUAGUGCAGGAGAAGCGCCACAGGUAAUAUCAUAGCAAUUGUUUUUUGUGCAGAAUUUCCCUCCGAAUUCAUCUGUUAUCUUUCUCUCCCCCUCAGGCGCCCAAACUGUAUUUUCUUUUCUUGCCCCCCACCAAUGUAUUUUAAUUGUAUUGAAGAAAAAUGUUUUAUCCCUAAGAUGUAACUAUCUCACAGUCCCUGAACGUCCCCUUUUUAUCGGUGGGCUCACGUUCUAAUGAAAAUGCAGGUUAUUAAAGUUCAUGUUUAAAAUCAGAAUUUGUUAUAAGUCAUGUGCCACAGUGUGUUCACUGUCACUCAUUCGUUAUCAGGCCCAACCAGCAAUAAAGCAUUACUGCGUCUUCUAGAAGCUUUUUUUAUUUUGUAAGGGUCAAGAAAAUGUUUUUUUUCCUCAUAACUGAUAGAACAUACCAAUAACUGGAAUAUUUGAAUAAAAUGUAUUAUUUGAA